UGGUACCUUGUCAGCACUUGGGAGCUUCUUGGCCCAGAUGAUUGAGAAAAGGCGGAAAAAGGAAAAGCCUGGAACUCGAGACAUUGGUGGGCCCCUCAGAUAUGCAGUUUACGGCUUCUUCUUCACAGGACCGCUGAGUCACUUCUUCUACCUCUUCCUGGAACACUGGAUCCCUCCCGAGGUUCCCCUGGCAGGGGUGAAGAGGCUGCUCCUGGACCGACUCCUCUUUGCUCCCGCCUUCCUGCUGCUGUUCUUCUUCGUCAUGAACUUCCUGGAGGGGAAGGACACUGCCGCCCUCGCCUCGCAGGUGAGGAGGAGCUUCUGGCCAGCGCUGAGGAUGAACUGGCGAGUGUGGACGCCUGUGCAGUUCGUCAACAUCAACUACGUCCCUCUGCAGUUCCGGGUACUUUUUGCCAACCUAGUGGCUCUGUUCUGGUACGCCUACCUGGCCUCUCUAGGGAAGUGAGACCGUCACGCCGUGGACCUGGACCUUGAUGAGGUCUGGGCCAGCCCAGUCAGACUGAUCUGACCAAACCAUGUGUUCAAGAUGUCCGAGAUGACAGAUGGAGAAGCAGGAAUCUCCAGGGUCAGAGUCUCUCACUUUGACUCAGAUGGCGCCGCCCAGAAAUCAGGAGUGCACAGAAGCUCCCUUGUCACCUCAGACAGGGUCGGGGUCACAAUAAACUGUAAAGCAGCUU